ACAGAUUGCCUUUUCCUUUUUCACAGCUGUUUUGUUUGUGCACUCGCUUUUAAAGCGCAUCUCAGAUGACUCAUCUCUGUCGGAUAUUGUAUUUCAUGGACUUUUUAUUUUUGGCUGUCUUUGAAUAUGUUUUUCUCCUGUGAUAAUUGUUAAUUCAGUUUUUGAUUACUAUGGAUUAAUUGUAGCCAGUGUCUUAAAAAGUUUGAGGUGGGCUAGCUGCAGUGAUGUCCAGAGCCACAAAAUCUGCCUCGAGGUCUCGGAGCCGCUCAAGGUCUCGGUCAAGAUCCUGCUCCACGUCUCGCUCCAGAAGUCGAUCCAGAUCCCGAUCCAGGAAGCGACGCUACGGUUCUAGGUCUCGGUCACGGUCAAGAUCUCAUUCUCCACCUCACAACCGGGAGAAGAAAUAUCCAAGGGGAUACCAGAACAGCCGUGAGUUCCGGGGCUACCACCGCGGCUUCCGGAGACCAUACAACUUCAGGGGGCGAGGGCGGGGCUACUUCCCACGUGGACGUUACCAGCGUGGCGGUGGAGGCGGUGGCUAUAACAACAACAACAACAACAACUUCCGCCCAAACUGGAAAAAUUACAAGCAGCACCCUCAGAAACAUCAACAGCAGCAACAACAGUAUCAGCAGCAGCAAAACUAUUCACGAGGACGAUGUCACAACCUCCAGAAACGCUCAGGAAGCCCCCCUCGUGGUCACUCUCACCACUCUGACCGAUCCUCCACGCCAUUAUCCCGGCACUCGCAGCAUUCUUCCUCUUCCUCACACUCCUCCUCUCCCAAAUGCAGGCAAGCCUUGUUGCCGACUAACCAAAACUCCAAAGAUGUGAAAGAGGAGCUUUUGGCCUCCAAGGAGGUCCAAAAGGGAGGAGGGGAAGAUGGGGAGCCAGUGGAGCUUGUCGGGGUGUUGGCAGAAGAGGCUAAAGAAGGCUCAGGCAGUGGGAAAACUGAAGGGAACUGGCAGAGCUUAACAGACUGCAGCAGGAGUCCAAAGAGAACGAGUCCUCUGGCGAGCUCCGCUGUUAUUGUUGGUCAGAACAGCCAAACUACUAACCAGUCUAGUCCCUCCCCUAAAAUCACCAAUGACACCAGCAAUGGCGCCCCCUUCUGGAAGAAGGUGUGUAGUUCAUCCUCAACAAAAAAACCCUCACAUGAAGGUCUAAAUCCAAUGCUUUCCAGCUUUGACUUCUUCUCCAAUGAGGAAUACCUGGAUGGAGAUAAAACAGCAAUCUCCAUUGCCUUCGGAAAGUUUUUGGAAGAGCAAAAUAAAAAAGCUAAAUCUUGGGAAAAUGGAAAGAAAACAGCAGCCAAUGAUGUGGACAUGGAACAAGAGAAAGUAAAUGGCAAAUCAUCUGCGACAAUCUCUGACUCAGUGUCAAGAAAGUACAAAGAGGAUAUUGAUGAAGUGUCCCUGAACAGCUUUUUGAAAACCUCUCCUUUUCUGUCUGCUGACGGAGAGGAAGAGGAGGAGAUGAUAAUCAAGCCUCAUUCAAAGUCACUUCACAAAGACUGCCACAAUGGGGACGAGUCCUCUAAGCCAAAGACCAAGGUCACGUACUCGGCUCGGGAACUGUUUGAAGAAUGUUUUGAGAAAUGGCAGAAUGCUGCAUAUUCACAGGUGGCAAACAGUGACCUUGACACCACGGCAGAGGACAUAUACCUCAGUCGAAAGCAGGAUAAAGCAGCGGCCAUUGCUGCUGCCCUUGCCAAGAGGGAGUUAGCAGGAAAAUUUGAGGAACUGUCCCCAGAGAUGGGUGGUAAAGCCAAGAAGAUGGCAAAAUCUCCCUCCAUCCCAUCUACCCCACCACCACCACCACUACCGAGGAGGAACUCUGACAGAGAGAUGUUUAUGAUCAUGAAUGAGGACUCGCCUUUCAUGUCCUCAAGGAAACAGGAAGCAAAAUUAAAUGUCAGAAUGGAUUUCCUUGGAGAUAGCCUGAUAAGCUCUUCUGAUAUUUUAGCUGAGGAGCGACAGUUGUCUCAGGAUCUUGUGCAGUCCUCAAAAAAGGAUCAGGAGUUUCGCUCCAUCUUUCAACAUGUUCAGAAUGCUCAGUUAAAGAGGUGUCCCUCUGAGCUGUUUGCUCAACACAUUGUCACCAUCGUUCACCACAUUAAAGCUCAGCACUUUCCAUCUUCUGGAAUGACUCUAAACGAGCGAUUCACCAUGUACCAAAGACGAGCUGCAGAGAAGGAAAUGAUGAAGCCAAGAAAAAGCCCAGAGAUACACAGGAGAAUUGAUGUUUCACCAAGAGCUUUUAAGAAACACUCUCAACUUUUUGAGGCGAUGAAAAGCUCAGAGGAUGGCUCUUACAAGGACGGCGGGGAAAAAAUGAAGGGUGACCCAAUGGACCUUCGUUUGGAUAUUGAGCGCCGUAAAAAAUAUUCAACCCAUCCAAGCGAUUAUAAUCAGGAUCGGGGAAGAGAUACGGGAGAUUCCCCAGAUUCUAGUAGAGAGAGAUCUGUGGAAAAGUUCUCCAAAUGCCAUGAGAAAUCUAAGAAAAAUAAGAAGAAGCGUUCUCGCUCAAGUUCAUCCUCGUCUUCCUCGUCCUCCAAGUCCCAAAAAGAGGAUUUGCCCCAUGGCAAGUCUGAUCCCAAAGAUAAAGUCUUUGACAAGGCCCGUCUGGGUCAAAAGGAGUCAUCGGGAUCAGUUGAAAGAGGAAGGCCACGUGGAGGAUUUCAAGUCCGAAUUCGUGGAAGGGGCUGGAAUAGAGGCAAUUAUCAGGGAAAUUGUUCACAGAGUACCAACAUGCCAAACAUGGCAGCACACCCAAAAAAUGAAGACUGGGACCCAGAGUACACUCCCAAGAGCAGAAAAUACUACUUGCACGAUGACAGAGACGGAGAGACAGAGUUAAAAUGGGUGGAUCACCGAGGGCGAGGACGGGGAAACUUCUCGCGUGGAAGGGCACGCUUCAUCAUCCGCAAAGCCACAGGGGGGCCCAACGCCACCAGCCAAAAUUGGGCCCAUGAUAAGUUCCAGGUCAACGGGGAACAAGGUGGCAAGCAGGAAGGGUUGACAGAACAGGACCAUAAAGGAGGAAAAAAUGAUGGAGAGCAUACUUGAGCAGUGAAGCAAAGUGCUGAAACUCUUAAUUUACUUCUGUGUAAUUGACUCAGUGAUUUCAUCCACAACAAUGGAUUCAUAAAUGCAGAUUAAAAUGUUUUAAGACUCAGCUAUUGCUAGGAAAACUUAAGUUUUUAUUUGCAGCGUAGGACACUCACUCUGACUUGACCAUUUUCCACAUGAGGAUACAACUCAUAACUAGUAGAAGCACUGUUUCAGGGUGAACUGCUGUUUCUCAUAAGAUUUCAUAUGUUACAGGUUUCUCUUGGUUUAUAUGGUGUGUUUUUUUUCCCGUGCAUCAUUUUGGUAGUAUUUACACUUUUCCCGUAGAAAGUUAUUAAAAACAUAACUCCUUAAUGACAUUUGUUUAAGUGGCAAGAGAAAUGGCAUUAUAGAUCAAAUCAGCCUGUGCCUUACACUUGUACAAGUAAAUAAAUGUUUUGUGAGUGAGCUACACAAUAAAUAGUUGUACUGAUGAAUGCAUUAAACUCUGCUCCAAUUACCCAACUAUUUUAAGGCUUGGUUGUUUUGAGCUGUGUUUUGUCUGGUUUAAAAUGACAACAAUAAAAGUACACUGUAGUUCAUGCUGGCAUUAAAAGCAUCACUGUUUAGCCAGUUCAGCACUCUACAUAUGACCCUGAUCUGACAAUGGGACCAAACUGUGUGGGGUCAAAGGUUACGGCUUUCAUUAUACAACAGAUCUACGAUACUAGCUGACAGCAUAGGAGAGUUUUAUUUUGAAGGACAACUACCUGUAUAUUUGAUAUGUUGUUCAUUAAACAUUUUGCUGUCAACGAUUUCUAUUCAGUAGCUCUUUGAUUGAUCUUGGAUACCACUUAUCAAUGUAUAAUAUUGAUAGUGACUAUAUGUUUUUCUCCAAAAGACACUCAUUGUAGUUUUUGUACCUGUCUAGGCAGGAUUCUGACUUUGUUUGUAAAGGAGAAUUUGCCCUUUUUGCUAUAGAUUUUGUUGUGUUUUUCAUUUGCUGUUUGCAAGACUUUCUCAACUAUGUAAACUGUGUGAAACUGUGUCAAUAUUGUGUUAAAGCUCAAAAAUAGUUUAAGCUGUAGUUUGUAAUAAAACAGAAAUUUAAAAAAAGGGUAGUUUGUAUGACAAGGAGUUUGUCCAAUCCUAGAAGAAGAAUGUUUUUUUUUUCUGUGCAUCUCCAAUAAUUUCUUUUCUUAACUCUAGGAUAAAGACUCAAGCUCAUGUGUUUUUUGCAAACUGCCUAUACUUUUGAUUAGACAAUUUAUGUGCCUUGUUGUGGGGUGUGCUGGUCUUAUUUGUACAAUACAGGCCUACAGAUUGAGAUACACUUUGUUUAAAGGUUGCCUGCUUUUUUUAAAUAGGUGUUGUUACUGUUUUUUCUUAGAGACUGUAAAUUAAAGAGACACUGAUUACUUUAAUUUGA